GAGUUUGCGCAAACUCAGACCAAUGUGCGCCGGACUGCGGAUGAAACUGCUGCGGGUACGCGACUCUAGUAAUCCCUGAGUGCAUCCGAUUUGGCCGACCGAAAUUUUGAGGCUAGGAAGGAAGAACGUCGAACGAGAGAAGCGAGAGAGAAAUAAAAAAGAAGAGAAUCUAAUAAGAAGAGACGACGCGUGAAAGAAGAAGCGGAAGUCGAGCAGUGCAGAGAACAACAAUCAACCACCAACCAACCAAAAAAAAAAGUUCCGACUUCGCGUUCCCCGUGGUGCAAAGUCAAGUCGCGUCCGGCAUCGGCAGUCGAAUUCGGUCCAGUAAUCGAUGGGGCGUAUGCUUCGUAGCUCGCUUCGGUUCCGUUGAAUAACACCCGCAAUAGCCGUCUCCUUUUUUUUGUUGGUGUGAUCGUCGUGUGCUCAGUGCGAUCAAGUGAGAACGAAAGUGGACGCGCGAACUUUACUGCAUUUUGGGAAGAACAAACUUGAAGAAAUAGUACCUAAGUAUGGCGGAUACCAGUCAAUCUGAGUUACCGCCCCAGACGAACGGGAUCUCAUCUGAUGGUCUGGAGGAUGACGAGCGCAGCAAAAUGCGUCCAGCUGACAUCGAUGCCGACGUGAAGGAGAUGGAGAGAAGGAAACGUGUGGAGUGCAUUAUGAACAGCAGAUUGUUCAAGGAGGAGUUGGAGAGGAUAAUCGAGGUACAGCUGAGGGACGGAUCAGGAACGACCGGCCUCAUGCAGCAGAUCUCCGACAUGAUGGGCGUCUCAAAGAACGCCGGAAACGUGUUCAAGAAUUCCAACUGCGUCGUUCCCAUAAACGAUAUCAGGGGUAUAGAGGCGAUGGGUUAUGCUAAGGGCGAGAAAAUCUUGCGCUGCAAGCUUGCCGCCGUCUACAGGCUUAUCGAUCUGUACGGAUGGACGCAGGGCCUGACACUGAUUACGGCCAGACUGAAUCAGGACGAGGAGCAUUUCUUGGUGAAUCCGUAUGGAAUGCUCUUCCAUGAGAUCACUGCCUCGAGCCUGAUCAAGGCCGACAUGCAGGGUAACGUUGUCGAACAGGGGACGACCAAUUUCAGUGUGAAUUUGAGCGCUUAUUCACUCCACACUGCCAUACAUUCAGCGAGGCCGGAUAUCAAAUGUAUCAUCCACGUCCACACGCCGUCCGUAGUUGCGAUUUCUGCACUGAAAUGCGGCCUAUUGCCCAUCAGUCAGGAGUCCGUAGUGAUAGGCGAUGUUAGCACGCAUCCCUACAUGGGAGCAAUCAACGAUCCCGAGGAGAAAGACCUGAUCGCCCGCAACCUGGGACCCAACAGCAAGGUGCUCCUCUUGACCAAUCAAGGAGCCGUUUGCUGCGGUGAGACAAUCGAAGAAGCUUUCUUCAACGCCCGCAACACCGUCCUAGCAUCGGAAUCCCAGCUGAAGCUCAUGCCUGUUGGCAUCGAUAACCUGGUUGUACUAACAGACGAGAUGCGCAAGAGGAUGUACGAAGCCGCACGUAAAGCACCAGAGAGCAGCCCACGCCCGGACCAGCCGACCAUCUUGGAUGGCAAAGUCGAGCGGAAGUGGCGCGUCGGAGGCGUAGAGUUCGAAGCUCUGAUGAGGAUGCUGGACAACGCUGGAUUCCGUACCGGAUAUAUCUACAGGCACCCAUUGGUUAAGGGAGAUCCUCCUAGACCCAGGAACGACGUCGAAGUACCCCCAGCCGUUUCAUCGCUUGGAUACCUCCUGGAAGAGGAAGAACUGUACAAGCAAGGAUUAUGGAAAAAACUGGAAGGAGGCCGCAAAGGAAACGAUCGGUCACGCUGGCUUAACUCGCCAAACGUUUACCAAAAAGUGGAAAUUUUGGAAACGGGAACUCCGGACCCGAAAAAGAUUACAAAGUGGGUCGCCGAUGGGUCUCCGACGCACUCAAGCACCCCGGUCAAAAUCGAUUCGGCCCUUCAAUUCGUGCCGAAGAACACCAACCCGAAAGAAUUCAAAAAGCUCCAGCAGCAGAUCAAGGACUACAGACGCGCCGACAAGAUUUCGGCCGGGCCCCAGUCGCAUAUCCUUGAAGGCGUUACGUGGGAGGAGGCGAAGAAGAUGCAGGAUGCCGGUGUGACUCAGACCGGGGACCAGGUGGUCCUGAUGGGCGCCGCCUCCAAGGGUAUCAUCCAACGUGGAUACCAGCACAACGCGACCAUGUACAAAUCGCCGUACGCCAAGAAUCCCUUCGAUUCGAUCACCGACGAAGACAUCGAAAACUACAAGAAGAUCGUCAACAAGAAAGAAAAAGGCGAAUUUGACGACACGGAUUAUAGCGAGUCCGAAGGAUUGUCUUCAGCGCAAAUUAAUAAACGAAUUAGCGACAUUAGAUCUCCUACAUCUGCUGCAAGCGAAACUGAGGAGGAGAGCAGAGGAGAACCUCAAGUAUUAAGGAUAGAAACUAAACAAGCGCCGAAACCUAGCCAGCCCGAGGUUGUCUUGAGCGACGGUAAAAAAAUGGUAAGACUGGAGGUGGUGGCUGCUAAGGCAACAAGGAACACCGAAACGCGCUAUCGCACGAACAGCUAUGCAGGUUUCCCGAAAGGCUCUUACGCAAUUCCCAAUCCGAAGCAUUUCCACAUUGUGCAUCAAACACAGGUGGCCAUCCCUCAGCGUCCCGCUCUCGUCAAACUGAAAACUCCUAUCCCACAUACCGUUACCGUUAACAUCGUUAAUAACGGAGCUCCAAUGACCGUCAUCGAUAUCCAAUUCGACGUCCUCAAAGCUUUCUUUCAACCCUUCGCUCACGCACUUAAUUAUAACCUGAGCUCGCAAGCUUCGCAAACUGCUUACGUGAAUCAAACCUACACUCCGUUGCACUAUGAUCAGACGUCGAAUACUAUAGGUAGCUUUGAAAGAGGAAUAUUGAACAAUCUGCAGAAGAAUCUCGUUAGAGACAUGCUCGACACUUCAUACAAUUACGGUAGCAAUGAUUCUACUACUCCCAGCUCCACAGAAUACGGCGAAAACUAUUUAGAUUAUCAAAGUAAAGUGGAAACACAGAAUAACCAUAAUUCCUGCGAUAAAUCGACUUACGAAAGCAUCAACGAUGAUUUCAUUUCUGAUGCUAUCUACACGUCGAACAGCAAUAGCAGUGAGAAUUACGAUGGUCAUAGCAUGUACAUCGAGCAGGACGAUAUUAAUGAUUUCAACGAGGAAGACGUUAGUUGUUGUAUCGUUCCACCAUUGAAUCUUGAUUCCGACCAAUCGAAUAACGAAUCUUACAAGAGUGUCUUUGACCGAAUCACUCGCAGUAUCAGUCUCAACGAAAGUAGUUUUAAAUCUGCAAAGGAUGAACUACCAGCAAGAUCUUUAAAUACAGAGGCCGAAGUACAAGAAGUUGAUGUAUUAUUGUCCAGCGAUGAAUUUGUUACUGCCACUUCAGAUGCUAUAGCAAAACAUUUAGAAACAACUUCAGAAAUAUCCACAUCAAAUGAUGAACAAAAAAAUAUACAUAAAGAAGUGGAAAUUGAACAAGCAAAAUGCAAUUCCUUCAAUGAUUUUAAUGAAACUAAGAAUUCCUCUGAAGAUGUUUACACAUCUGUGAGUAAAAUAAAGAAUGAAAGCGAAAAUGUGGCGGAAAAUUUUUCUGAUCAAGAAUCUGGCAUUGCUGUAACUGAUGAGAAUAAUGAAAUAUCUAUUGAAGUAUGCUACGAAUCGGCGAACUUUCAUUCUGAUGAUGAUGUAAUUACUGUAGAAGAUUACAAUCAAAUGGAAGAUAAUAAUCCAGAUAAAGCUAAUUUGACUUAUUCGUGUGAAUUCAGCGAAUUUGUACAUACUGAAUCAAGUGAUUGUCAAUAUGAUGAAAUUCCUGAUAGUAUUUCUACCAAUGAAGAAUUUGAGAAUGUUACUAAUAAAGAUUGUGACAAUGCAGUAGAUAUUGAGGAAAUUGAUCAAAUAAAUUUACUACAAACAUGUCCAAAGUCAAACGAAGAUAAUGAAACUAUUGUAGAAAAUGGAAAUGAAGAGAUUCCGAAAGCGGAAAUGUCGCAACAAGUGAAAUCAAUUAAGAAGCGAAGAAGGAAUCGAAAAAGUAAACAUCAGAAGAAGACCGCUGCCAAUGAAAUUGAUCAAUCAAUUAAAACUAAUGUCGAUAAUAAUUUGGUUUUGGAUCUGGAAAAAGACGAAUCAAUUAUAACAAAAUGUGACAAGGAUGUAGAGGAUAAUGUUGACUAUCAAUUGUUUAAAACCGGAAUAACGGAGAGUUCCAAAGAGGAAGAAAAUGUGAUUGAAGAUGAUACGACGUCAUCUUUAUCCGAAUUCGUGGAGCAGAUGACGAACUUGGUUGUGGAUUACAUAGUUCACAGUUGCAUUCAUCUUGAUGAUUAUCUACUAUUCCCAGAAAUAAAGACGGAUGAGAAGGUCCAAAGGCUUCUACGCAAAUUGGAGGUUUUAUACCGCGAGUAUUUUGUGCAUAGCUUCACCGGCGAGGAGAAGAACGAGCUGCGAUUGCACAUAGCCGAUAGUGUUAUCCACAGACUUCCAGAGCUACCGGAGAAGCAGCUCUUCAGUAUUCACGAAUUCCUCACGGAGCUAUUGAAUUAUUUCUUCUCAUUAUUAAACUCUCCGUUAAAUAGUCCGAUCGUCUUUAGCACUGAAACAACUGCGGAUGAUGAAGUAACGCAGUUCAGAUUGAAGCAGGUCUCGUCUGGUAACGAGUUUUAUUGGUUUUCCAUUGGAAAGUCGCCGGAUAGGAGAUCAGAAUCUCUGUUGGAUGUAAUAAAAAAACCUCUGCUUAACGUCGACGAUCUGCCGUUGCGUCCGCCUGAAGAAUUGGUGGAACGUGAACAGUUGUCUCCUAUUCCCGAAGAAGCUAGAAAGAAGCUAAUUUUUGAUUUUGAAGAUGUACCAGAAUCAUCUAAGAAAAGUCCUGACAGUAGUAUUAGGGCUCUCGACGAUGAAGAUUUUGAAUUGGUUAACGUUUAUGGAUCGCAAGGAGAAUACGUUUGUUUCGAGCGACCAGAGGUUAACACGAUCGUCGUGAACGAAGUGCAAUUCUUCAGAUCGAACACCGUAAAUUGUAGCUCUUACGUAACCAGCAGCAACAUCAGUUUCAGCAAGUCUAACGAUAAAGAAUGCGAUGAUGAUGUUGAUGAUUCUAACGAGGGCAAUUGGAUGGGUUACGAGAAAGCUAAAUUUUAAUUUUGAGUCUAAUUU